AUGUAUGUGAAAUGCUUUGAUACAGUAAUGUUUUACUAUGUGAUUUUAGUGAAUGUCACUUUUUGUCAUUUUCAAAUUUCCCGCCGCUCCGUCCCCACGGACAGAACCCAGAUGACAGAUGCCGGCAUCCGCCGGAGGACAUUGCCAGGGACACUGCAGGAGGGACAUCGCGGGAGCGCAGGACAAGGUAAGAGAAGAACAGAUCCCGGAGCAGUGCCGCAUGGUAAGCCCGAGUGUAGCUCGGGGUUACCGCUUGUGCUACACUCGGGAAUACCGUCAGGGAGGCUA